UCCUGACGGGCACCUGCUGCUCCAAGCAAUUCUCAGGAUGAUGGUGUUCGCGUUUUGGAAGGUCUUUCUGAUAUUAAACUGCCUUGCAGGUCAUGUUAGUAUGGUGCAAGUGACCAUCCCAGACAGUUUCUUGAAUGUGACUGUUGGAUCUAAUGUCACUCUGCUCUGCCUCUAUACCACCACUGUGACGUCGCUGGACAAGCUCACAAUCCAAUGGUCUUUCUUCCACAAUAAGGACAUGGAGCCAAUUUCUCAUGGCUCGCACCCCAAUACUGAGGGUAUGGAGGAAAAGGCAGUCAGUCAGUGUCUAAAUAUGGCGCAUGCAAGAGACGCACGGGGAAGAUGUAGCUGGACCUCUCAGAUUUACUACUAUGAAGGCGGACAAGCUUCGGCUAUUGGGCAAUUCAAGGAUCGAAUUAUAGGGUCAACAAAUCCAGAGAACGCAUCGAUCACUAUAUUGCAGAUGCAACCAGCGGACAGUGGAGUUUACAUCUGUGAUGUCAACAACCCUCCAGAUUUUGUCGGCAAAAACCAAGGCAUUCUUGCUGUCACUGUGUUAGUCAAACCUUCCAAGCCCUUUUGUACCAUCCAAGGAAGACCAGAAGCAGGCCACCCAAUCUCCUUGUCUUGCCUUUCUGCCGUUGGAACACCGUCCCCUGCAUAUUACUGGUAUAAGAUUGAGGGAAACACCAUUGUGCCAGUAAAAGAAAGCUUCGACUCAGCCACUGGAGUUUUGGUUAUCGGAAAUCUGACAAAUUUUAAGCAAGGUUAUUAUCAGUGCACUGCCAUCAACAGUCUCGGCAAUAGUUCCUGUGAAAUUGACUUAACCUCUUCACAUCCAGAAGUCGGGAUCAUCAUUGGGGCCUUGAUUGGCGCCCUGAUAGGCGCUGCUGUCAUCAUCUGUGUGGUGUACUUUGCACGGAACAAAGUUAAGUCAAAGCAAAGGAAGAGGAACUUAAACCCGAGCACGGAACUUGAGCCAAUGACAAAGGCAAGCCAUUCCCAAGACAAUGAAGUCAUUCCAUCUGAAGAGAUCCAGCUAGAAGCAACUUAUCCAUCUUCCAUCCAUGGCGCCCAAUCCACUGAACCUCCUACUGCCAUCUCAGGACCAGAAUACGAGCCUGACCCCCAGCUUGAAACCACCACACAGCCUGACCCUGAACCAGAGCCUAUUCCAGUGCCCGAGAUGGAGAUUCAGUUGGAACCAGAGCUGGAGCCAGAGACAGAGCCUGAGUCUGAGCCUGAGCCUGAGCCUGAGCCUGAGCCUCAGCCUGGAAUUAUAGUUGAGCCCCUGCGCGAGGAGGGGAAGGAUUCAGUUAAGGCAUAGGUGUAGAGACGCUCGGCAUUAAGUACGGCAGUUCUCACGAACCCAUUCCUGGCCUUUAAUGUUUGGUGGACUUAACCAGUCCCCAGUUUGUCCUUCCAUCGUGGACAACCCUCAUCUAACAACAUGCUCAUACUCACCAUUAAUUCAAAAUAAAUAAACCAAGGCAACUACUAAAGAAAUGCAAAGGUUUCUUUGUUUUUAGUAUAGAUUACUUAAAACUGUACUAAUACAUAAACAUAACAAAUGACCAGGCCAAGAUGAGUGGCUCAUUUCUAAUUUAGUUGGCAAUGUAUUCACAAACAUAUUUUCUGUAUUUGUGGUCACUCUGUUUCAUGGGUCACAUGUACACAUGAUAAGGUAGAGUUAAUAUGAUUCAAUAUUCAUUUUAGGAUAAGCUUUCUUCCCAAAUGAUUUUUUAUAUUUACCACUAAGAAAACAAUUUGAUACCAUUGGCUCACAAAUUAGAGAAAAAAAAAAGCAUUUCCCCAAAAUAAGAGAGUUUGUGUCAAGUAGUACAUACAAUUUAAAACAAAGUCUUACAAUUUAUCAUAUUAAAUCUUUAAUAAGUCAUCUCAGUGUCCAACACUUGAGCAUAGCAAUUUUUAUAACUUUUUUUUCACUGCAAAAAGGUAUACAGUCAAACAACUUAAACUCUUUCUUGGUGAACAUAAAGUGUUGGUCUUGUAGGCAGUUUAGAACAUACCUUUGAAAAAGCUAUUAUGUUAUCAUCACUCACUGUCUGCUGCUAUCUGUUUGGGCGGUAGGCUAGGAUGGUGUUCUCAGUAAGCACGGUCUAUUUUAGAUUGUCUAAACUGACAGUUGAAAUCAUCUGUUUUACUGUUUCUAUAGUACACGUUAAUAGAAACAUCACUCUUAUGUCAAUGAUGAACCCCUUCACUUAAAAGCUUUUUCACUGACACCCCUCUCUGAAGAAAUUUGCAAGUAGAUUUCCCUUUUUUUUACUUGUGUAAUCAAUCCUAUAUGAAAUAUUAUUUUAAGGCCA